UUUUACACUGACUAACCACAACUACUGAGGAAGCACGAAAACAGAACUGAAAAAUGAAGAAAAUCGACUGAAGAAUGAAGAAACUUCAAGCAUCACGAAGAAAUCUUCUCAUUUAUUAAAUAUUUUAAUUGUUGUGUAGUAUGUAACUUAGAUAUACGUCAUUUUGCAUAUUAGCUCAGAGGAGCGUCUUUUUUAAAUUUUUCAAGUUUUUUAAUAAUUCAUUUUUUGAUCAUGGAUCGCCGGCUGCUACAUUUAUUAUAAUCCUGAAUAUUUUCAUAGUCAAUUGGCAAAUAGGCGAAAAAAUGGAAGACGGAAAGUUGAAUCUGACGGUGAAGUUGCAGGAACUUCAUCAGGACCUCCAGAGCCACCCAUCGGUAGGCCAAAUGCAACCACUUCUUCGGAUGGCGUCAUGUUAACCUGGAAUAGACCAUCUUACGACGGUGGCCAAAUGAUUCAAGGAUACGCCGUGGAUUGCUUAUUGGUGGGCAGCCAAAGGUGGACAAAUAUCGUUCAAGACUGCCAAGCCCAUAGUUACUUAGUUAGGGGAUUGGAACCUGGACUACAGUAUGUUUUCAGGAUACGUGCUCUUAACGUCCACGGGUAUAGUAAGCCAAGUCUCGAAUCGCAAGUUGUAGAAUUGGAAGAAGACAACCUCCAGGAUCUACUUGAACCAAAAAUACCUAAAAACAGAAAUACGUUGGUGAAUGAAAAUAGGCGACAGAAUGGAAAGCGGAAACUGAAAAUUGAUGACUACGAUGAAGCAGGCACUUCAUGGGGCGUUCUGGGUUCGUCAGAUGCUAAAAACAAAGGUAAAAAAGGUCGAUCGAAAAAGGGCACGUGAUACUAUCUCGGACCGAAUGUCAGCGUUGCCGUUGAAGAUGAAAGGUGGUUAGAAUCUUAACCGUUUGUUAAUUGUACAAAACGUAGAUAUAUUUUGAUCGUCCAACAAGCAUUUGCUACUUUUCCAAAGCUCUUCGUAUUUAGUAUGAACUACUUUUUUAAAUGAUUGUACAUAAUAUUGUAAAUUAAGCCAGUCUUUGUUGGACGUGCAAAGUAUCGUCAAAGAAUAUUAUAUUGUACUUUGUAUAUGAAUAGACCAGAAUCUUGAGCGUUUCCAAAGGAAGUAAAAAAAACGGAAUGUGGUACCCCGGGAGUGACCGAGGAGGGAAGCAUAACUUUCUUAUCGUGAUCUAUGCACAAAGCGAUGAUUUUUAAUUUAUCAAUUCGAUUUGAAUUAUUUUAUUUUUAUUUUAUUAAGAAACACGCAUGGGACUGCGUUUACUACACCAUGUCGUGUAUGGUCGCAUGAUUGUUACAUUAUAUCGUUUCAGUCGAUUUUAUUUUUUUCAUACCCGUGAGCGAUCCACCUCUCCAUUUUUAGCCCGCGAUAAGAAAGCAAUGCUUCCAAAAAUUAAUAACCUAAUAAAUAUGUUGAUUUUUAACUAUUUUCAAAAAGAGUUAAAAGUGGUAAUUAAUUAUUAUGGAUUUUAUCUGAGUGUUUUAUACCUGUAAUAUUGGUAUUGUAAAAAAUACUAUUAUAACUUGCUAAUGCAUCGAUUACACAGGUCUGAUUUUUUUUUUUUUUGAUAAUUUUAAUAAUAAACUCAGUGCCAGAAGUGUUACACCCAGAAGAAAUAAUUUCUUGAACUUAAUUUUUUGGCAACAUGGUAGAUUGAUAUCAAGAAUGAAACGAUAACGUCAAGAAUUUUUAUUAACAAGUAAUAAAAAAAAAAUAAUUAUGUGUUUGGCGAACUCGUAGCUGAAUACACUCAAGGACGUUUCGAGACGUCGAAGGCAGUAAAGUGGUUUGUCAGAUAUUAUCAACAUAACGCGCAGCUGUCAUAUUGCCUCGAAUAAACACAAGUGCUGAUCGGCUGCCGCAGGCAAUAGCCCCCCAAAUCAUUACUCCAACUGUCCUGUGUACAUGCUUCUAAACAGCAAACUCGAUAUAUCAUCGCUCUCCAGGGUUGCGUCUGACCGUCAUGCAUUUCUAAACACAAUCUUAAUUCAUCGCUGAAUGCUACAUUACGCCAUUCUGCCAUCCAAUGCUGCCGUUUUCUGUACAAAUUCAAACGUUGAUGACAGUGGUCCGCAGUCAAAGGAAGCACUAGUCGUGGGCGGAAUGAAACCUAAUUCUAUUUAUCAUCAUAAUCUUAAUUUCUGUAUCUUUUUGUUUUGGACCAUAUAGUAUUCAGUUAAAAUAUUUUAAUAUGAUUAACUAUCUACUUAUUAAUUUAGUGCUAUAAGUUUAAAAAUUAAUUAAUUUAGUUUUAGCAUAUUCUUCUUCUUGCUUCAGGCGAGACGUAUUUUUGGCACUUUGUCAUGAGACCUUUGUAACUUACCCUGUUUUUUUCUCCUUUAAACUGAUGGUAUUUAGGAUCUCUUCUGGUUAAAUCCUCAGUUGACCAGUGAAUUCUUGUCUCAUACUAGUUAGCACGUUGCAAUGGCAUAUGAUAUGAGGCAACACUGUAUGCGAGUAUUAAUUUAUGGGUAAGUUUGGCAAUGCUGCAUGCGAAAAUACUAAAUGCGCAUGAGCAUCGCUCAGUAUAAGUUAGCUAAUCAUAACGUGUGAUAAUUUUAAAAGGUUUAUAAUAGAAUAUACUACGGGCCAACAAUGGAAUACCAAAGUCUGACGUCACAAUGUUCGGGAAUUUUAAAAACCUUUCCAAACAUUUCUAAUUUGUGUGUAUUUGUCCCAUAAGACGUUGAAAACAUUGGUUUUUUAAUUGUUUGAAGAAUAAAUAAGGACUUGUGCUAAUUAAAAUUCAUUCUGUGCGAUUGGUAUUAUUUGUUGUUGGUGAAUUUGUGAGAUCAUCAUCAUCACAAUCAUGAAGAAAAAUACACCCAUGGGUGUAACCGGCAACUCUAAUGAACAUUUCAUUAGAAAUGCCGAUUACACCCAUGGGUUUAAGUUAAAUUUACAGUAAUUUUUGGCGAUAUGGCAUUAAAAAACAAAAAAUACAACACUUAAAUCACUUAGGACGAAUGGUAUUUAAAAAACACUCGACACAAAAACCAGGUGAUCCAGUGCAAGCGUUGCAAAUAUAAAAUAGUUGCUUUUCUUUUAUUUUGCCUCCUGCAUACUAGGCACUCCUUCCUUAGGACUCGUUUUACCUUUUUUGAAGUAUCUCCUGUACCGUAAUUUGCUUCAAUUGUUUUCUCUAUUUUUUCCAAUUUGUGCUCUCCAAGAUCAAUUUUAUUUUUAUUUACAAUACCACCCUCUGGCAACACAGUCUUUAAAAUUAAUAGUAAGAAAUUAUAUAGCGACUUUCUUCGUUGUCCUGAAUAAUUAUUGUAUAAAAUUAGUGAAUUUCGU